AUGCAGCUAUUAGGCUUCAAUGUCUUCAUAUCGUGCCAAGGCAAGGCGUUGCCAGAAUAUGGGAUAGAAGUCCAGGAGCAUGAGAAGACCAUUGAGGGCUAUGUUCCCAGUGAAGCUGGAAAGAACUUCGAGGUUCGAUGGCAGGACAUUCAGCCCUCGAGGCGCGACUGCCACUCAGUGAGCACCUACAUAGACGGACGCCUCAUGGGUUGCACGACGCUUCGCAAGGGUGAUAGCGGCCUCCGCUGGGGCGUAAGGACCUCUCUUGACGAGCGGAGGCUGUUUCAGUUUGCUCCACUCCUGACGACCGACGAUGAUAGCAUCCUGGGCGGACAUGCAGAUAGCGAGAAGCUUGGAACAAUUGAGGUGGUGAUCUCUCGGGCUGCCAUCUCGGGACAUCAAGGCCACGUUCGUGGGCGAAACGUGCAAGAGAUCGGACCAGUCCACGAGAAGAGCAAGAAAGCAGGUUCCCAUUGCGUGACGGGACUCUAG